GCCAGACUGACUGCCUCUGGACUGCCUGCAUCUGCCAUCGGACGGCCAUGAGUGAGAUCGAUAGUGUUAGGAGGAGUGUGAUGUUCGCUGGCUGCGGCCUGGUGAGCCGCUCACUCGCCUUUUCACAAUGAAUGCACAUGUGUGUGCGUGAACGAUGGCCUCACGCUUACCUGCAGGUCUUCCUCAGCAUCGCGGUGUCGUUGACGAUUAUUAACAACAUGAAAUUGAGACAUCGCGUCGACCAAAUGAGUGACGACGACAAGCAGCUGGCUGCCGUCGUCAGCAGCAUAUGGGAGCACAUGAAGUCAGCAGGCAACGGCACCUCGAACGGCACUGACGCGUCCACGACGGCGAGCGACAUCGAUGCGGCCAUCGCUGAGCUGACGGCUGGGCCUGCCAGUGGCACGGCCAAGAGCAACACGCGACUGCUGAGGGCCAACUAGAGCGGCGUGAGCGCCUUUUCUCCUCUGGUAUGGUCGUCCCAUCUGCGUGCAGUGCAUUGAUCUGGU